AUUUUAUUUUAUCGAUUCCCCUGCCCUGCCUGACUUCCUUGCCUCCUUGCCUGCUUGCCGCUGCGAAGGCAAGAUAUCCUAGUCCUAGAGUCCUAGAGCAUGGCGGUGUACCAGAAGUGUUUUUCUAUUCCUCCACGUUUCUUGUGCACAAGAUGUCUCUCACAUCACCCAGCAGUGCUGACUCAGUGGGCGUCUAUUGUGGAGACUCAGAAAAGGACAAAGUACAGUCAGCGAAAGAGGAAGCAGGAGGAGAGAAAGGCACAGGAAAAUGUGUAUGUUGGUGAGCAGGCUUCAAAAUCGAGGAUAGUGUAUGCCUGGGGACUAGCUGCAUCAGGAGCUUUAGGCAUUGCCAGUUAUAUGAGACCAAGUUUAAAAUUUGAUAAACAGCAGUUUGCAAUCAACAAAAUCAACAGACCAGCUCGUGUCAGGUUUUUUGACAUUCACAAGUUAAAGCCCUUGAACAUCGCCUGUGGUCACGGAUUCUCCCUCAUACACGCACAGUAUCAAGACAAGAAGCUGUUGCUGGGGACAGGGGUCAAUACUGAUUCACAGCUGGGCUAUCAUGAGACUCCCAGAGGGUCAGGUCGAGUUCUGGAUCAGCUCAUCGAACCGGGAAGGCUACGUCUACCAGCACAGAGACCUGAUGAUCUCAAUGUUGUGUCUAUGUCCUGCGGGAGAGCACACUCGGCCAUUGUGGUGGAAGACGAAGGAGUGUUUACCCUAGGCAACAACGCUAGUGGUCAGUGUGGGCGGCCGGUAGUAGAAGGCGAGGACUUCAGUAAAAACCAAACCGUAAACAAGCUGCACGACCUUCCCGAGGAUGUUGUCAAGGUGGUGUGUGGGCAAGACCACACGUUGUUCCUGACAGCGACUGGCCAGCUGUGGAGCUGUGGCCUGGGAGCCGACGGUCAGACCGGUGUUGGCCAUUACAACAUCACCGCCAGACCUCAGCUGGUGCGGGGCGAUGUAGAAGGGGAGACUAUUGUGUCAGUGAGCGCCAAAGGAGACUGCACAUUGGCUGUUUCUGAUAAAGGCGACUUGUUCGGCUGGGGAAACUCGGAGUAUAGCCAACUUGCCAGCAUCACGAGUGAAUCGCAAGUCAAUGUCCCACGCCGUUUGCCGACAGAGAUUUGUGGGAAGGUGGUCAAAGCUGUUGCUGGGGGCUCGAUGUGUGCUCUGCUCAACGAUCAAGGCGAAGUGUUCGUCUGGGGCUACGGCAUUCUGGGUAAAGGCCCCGCUCUGGAGGUGACGUCACAGCCAAACCUCAUCCCGGCGGCCAUCUUUGGCCGGAGCGAACUGUCGCCGGACACCCGUGUGGUGGACAUCGACUGUGGCCUCACUUACCUCCUGGCACAAACUGACCGCGGAGACCUGUACAGCUGGGGACGCAAUAAUCAAGGCAGUCUGGGCCUGGGCCAGGACAAAAACCAGUACUUUCCCUGGAGGAUUGCCUUGCCGGCUGAGACUGCUCAGUUCUCGUGUGGGCCAGACCACGUGCUUGCAAUAUGCAGGUCAUACACGUGAGAGAGAGACAGAGAGAGAGGGAUCAACAGACAGACAGAGUGGAAGGGGGAGAGGUUGGAAGGGAGAAAAAGGAGGAUGAGUUUGGAUGUGAAAAGGAGAGAGAGUUGGUGCUAUGACAUACUUGAUUAUAGUUCUGUAUGGGCCAAGAAUGAAUGUGUUAUGAACGUGGUAAAGUAAAGGAUGGUAUUUUCACAUGUACAUUAUGUUGAUGAAAGACAUAAUUUUACAAAGAAAUCAAAAUAGACCAGUGAGCUAGUGCGAAAUGACAGCUGAAGGUUUUCUAGGAGAACCACUACAUGUGUGACUACUCUGAGAAUGUGUCUGUGAAAUUGACAUUUUUAAAUCUGGUUGAGUGAUGAUAACAGUAUCAUUGGAUUGUGUUUACAUCAAGUACAUGUGUUUUUGUCUACACUGCAAGUGUGCCAUUAAAUUAUUCAUGUGAUGACUGUUACAAUUCUGUGUACAUGUUGGAAGGAGCUCUGAAAAAUAUAUCAUGGUAUGGCUCUCAGUCACACAUCA